AAUAGGGAGCGAACAAUCGGGCAUUAGUCAACGGCGAAUAGAUGAUAAAUCUGUCGCGGUUUUGCGUGAUCCGUCUGGGGUUUAUCGCCACGUAUCACACAUCGGCUUUUCCUGCCAAACGUAGUAAUCAUGAUUCUGCUCGAAAUACACAACAGGAUACUCGAGGAAACAUUGGCGAAUAAAAUCAAGAAUUCUCUAUCGGGACACAAGCAGGAGUCAACAGAUGUAGUUAUAGCAGACUUUGAUGGUGUGUUGUUUCACAUUUCGAACCUCAGUGGGGACAAGUCAAAACUUAGAAUUAGUAUUCUGCUCAAAUUUUAUAAACAGUUACAAGAGCAUGGGGCGGACGAGUUGCUCAAACGAGAAUAUGGGUCUCAUCUCAUUGCACCAGAGAGCGGUUAUAAUGUAUCAGUGCUGAUAGAUUUAGAGAAAUUACCAGAAGAUUGGGAAACUUUAGUGCGAAAAGUUGCUCUAUUAAAGAGGCAUUGCUUUGCCAGUGUCUUUGAAAAGUACUUUGACUUCCAAGAAGAGUAUUGUGAUUCUCCAGGCAGACCAGUACAGAAGAGAGCUGUAAUCCAAUAUCGAGAUGAAGAAACAAUGUAUGUAGAGGCCAAAAGUGACAGAGUUACAGUAGUAUUCAGUACAAUAUUCAAGGAUGAAGAUGAUAUGGUCAUUGGUAAACUGUUUCUUCAAGAACUAAAAGAAGGUAGACGAGCGAGUCAUACCGCCCCGCAAGUCUUGUUUAAUCACCGCGAACCACCUUUGGAGUUACAGGAUUCCGAGGCGGCAGUCGGAGAUUGCAUUGGUUACAUCACGUUCGUAUUAUUUCCACGACACACCAAUCGAGAAGCUCGUGACAACACCAUCGACUUGAUACAUAUGUUUAGGAAUUAUCUGCACUACCACAUUAAAUGCAGUAAGGUUUACAUCCAUUCGAGGAUGCGUACUAAGACUACGGAUUUCCUUAAAGUGCUGAACAGAGCGAGAUCUCAAUCCAAAAAUACUGAAAAGAAGACUAUCACAGGACGAACAUUUAUUAGAAAAGAAUGAAUAUACUAUAGGAGCAAAAGUGUAAACAUUUUUAAAAAAAGAGAGCAAAGGAUUAUUGUACGGCUAACUGCGAUCGGGAACGUCCUGCAAGCGAGAUUUCUCGCGAAAAUAUUCUUCGAUUCGCGAGUUAAGCGAGUUAAGUGCUUCGGAUUUUUGAGUUUCAAUCUGUCUCGAAUAGUGCCCUAUAUUUCGGAAAGAUGUAGCGCCGCAUUAAGUGAAUGAGGAAAAACGAAUGUUUCGCAUCGGAUCGCACAACGCAACAACGUCUUGUUUAUUGAGAAAGGGAUAUUCGAAGACGCCAUAGUUGCAUCCGAGCACACUGACAGUUAUUGCGAACGUUGUUUUACCAAUUUUUACAGUGAUCUAAUAUUUAAAUACAGUAUCGCCGAUACUUGAAGAAGUAUUGGAUUCGAUUGCACAUUAUGCUGACUUACCUCGAACAAUUUAUUGUACGUUGCAAUAUACCCUGAACUGUAUCUGGCAUUUUGGGCGAGUACAUCGAAUUACACAGAUUAGCGUUAUGGUGAUAUCUGUUAUGAAAUCACGAGAUAUCGUUAACAGAGCGUAAAAAUAUGUUACGGACUUUCAAUUUACUAAAUCUGUGAUUACACGUCGCAAAAUUUUUCAAAUAAUAUUCUUUAAAUCGCCAGAAGUAAUUAAACUGAGAAAUUUAAUAAGGCAAAGAUAGUAAUUAACUUAUUAUUGUUUAUUUACUUUUCUCAUUGCAUUUUGGCUUGAUAGGCAGACCAUCAAGCAAAUAUCGUUAAUUAACGCGAUCGUUCCCUUUUUCGAUACUUUUAUCGUCUACUUAAUGACUAUACAUCCGAUUAUUGUGAGAGAUAAUAAAAACGACAUUAACAAUCUA